CUUGGGGCAGUCUGAUUGGUUGGAGAGAUCUUUGAGAAUGAAGUGGCUUUGAGGAGCCUUGAGGAAUGUGUUUGAAUGGGACUGGACUUGCGCUGCAUCGGGCUCAAAAAAUGCGCACUUAAACACUGGGUCAUAACAUUGGAUUAUCUGUCUGUGGAUAUCCUUGAAGCUCUCUGUCUUUAACGGAAUUAACAGCUGACUAACGGACUCCACUGCUCAAGGGGACCCAGAUUAAAAACCGGGAGCAGGUCUAUUUCUCUCUCUGUGUGAUCUGUCAUAUAGUUUUCACCCAACUUUUUACUGGAACCAGUUACAUUUUAUUUGACUAUAAUUCAACGGUACGAUCACAGUGCCAUUAUUAUAUGCCCCUAUCACUGGAUAUAAAGGAACUUAACUUUUAAUUGCAAAAAAGUUGGAUUUAUUUACAGAAAAAGUUUUAUCGUAUUUGUGCCCGAGUGGGGUAACGAAUAACAGCAGUACCAAAAUUGAAAGACAGGAAUUACAUGCACACCAGACAUGAUGUUCUUCGUGCACUUGCUUCUUGGCUACAUGGCGAGCAUUGCGCAAGGGUGCCAACUGCCCACCGAGUGGCGUCCACUGAGUGAGAGCUGCCGUGCGGAACUGGCGGAGAUCAUUGUGUACGCCAAGGUGCUGGCCAUUCACCGGGAGCAGUAUGGCAGGGCAGAGGGCCUCUACAACUCCCUGCCAUUCCCGUACGGGUAUGGUUAUGAGGGCGCAGAGGAAGGGUUGCUCUACUCGGCAGAGGUGGAGCUCAUGUGCGACCAGGCGUGGGGCAGCAUGCUGGAGGUGCCGGCGGGCUCACGCCUCAACCUGACAGGGCUGGGUUACCUGUCGUGCCAGACUCACACCGUGAUGGAGAACUACUCCUACAUCUUCUUCCUCAGGAUGGAUGAGAACUACAACAUCCUGCCCCACGGGGUCAACUUCCAGGACGCCAUCUUCCCAGACACCUUAGAGAACCGCCGUACGUUCUCCAGCCUGUUCCAGUUCUCCAACUGCUCCCACGGCCAACCCCUCCAGACUUUCAGCCCCGAGUGGGACCCCCAGGAGGACAGCAGGCUCAUGUGCUCCUCGGUGCAAGGGGCUCUGUUCAAGGAGGAGGAGAAGAGCAGGAAGCAGCAGGAGCGCCUGGGCCAGCUGGAGAGGAGGAACAGGCAGCUGAAGGAGCGUGUCCGGAAGGUGAAGCGCUCCCUCCGGAACGCCAGGAAGAGCCAACGCCGGGUGGAGCAGGAGAGGCAAGGGCUGGAGGAGAGGCUGAGGUCAGCGGAGAGACGCGCUGGGCAUCACCUCAAUACCAUCACACAGGAGGCUACGCCCAACAGAUACCAGGAGUCUGUGUUACACCGUACGCCACACACACCGCUUUAGCCUCUGGACUGGAUGUUGUUAAAGACUGCUGGGCAGUCUCUCUAAUUCCUGUUGUUCACACGCACGCACGCACCCACACAUGCACACAUGCAAAGGCGAUCCUAAUUUAGUGCCAUAUUCAGACAUAUAUGCUGUAGUUCCUACACACUUUACAUAGAGAGGGCAUCCAGUAGCUCUCGAAUAGCAGACAGAGGGAAUUUGUAUUAGUGAAUGACUAGAGAGAAUGAGAGAGAUAUUGUGUAUAGCUCCUAUUAAUACACAGCACUGUCAUACAGCUGAUGGAUAUACAGAUGAAAUGAAUUUAGAGUGAGUAUAUGAUGAGUGAAUGACUGGAGUGAAUGAAGAAAGUGAGAUUGCUUUCUGGUAGAUGUGUCUGUGGGCAUUUGUGCCAUGUGUUGUCUGUUGCUGCCUAGUGUCAAUACCACCAAGGACAAUGUCGAUGAGGCACUUUUUUUUUUUUUAUAUGAAUGUAUUCCUUAAGCUGCAUAUAAACUCUAAUGAGGCAU